CUUUGCACGGACUCUCAGUGACGUAUUUGCUAUAACCUCUAAGAACCGCCCUCUCGACAUUUUUUAACAUGAAUCUCAAUUUAUCUGCCUCACUGAAUAUAUUUAAACUGCUGGCGAAGCCGUCAUUAUGUCUUCCCCAGGCAACCGUAGCCACCUUUGCCGACCUUCCAAUACCGCUCGACAAGGCGUUUGCGGGACAGAGAGAGAAGGUUGAUAUCAAGGCGGUGGUCUUGGACAAGGAUGACUGCUUUACUUAUCCGGAGCAUAAUGAGGUCUACGACCAGUACAAGCAACGUUUCGAGGCAUUGCGAGCUGCCUACCCAGGUCGCCGUCUCCUGAUUGUCUCCAACACUUCUGGAGCCCAGAGUUAUGACCGUGAUGGAAAGCUCGCCGCUGCCGUUGAGAAGGCUACCGGCGUUGUCGUUCUUCCACAUGAGACCAAGAAGCCCGGGUGUGGCGAUGAAAUCAUGUCCUAUUUCCGCAAGCAUCCCGAGACAGGAGUGACCAGCCCAAGUCAGAUCGCCAUUGUCGGAGAUCGUUUGUCCACAGACAUUAUGCUGGCCAACAUGAUGGGAAGUUGGGGAGUCUGGGUCAAGGACGGGGUUGUUCCUCUGUCGGAGAAGAGCGUGUUCUCUAGGAUGGAAAGAAGGCUAGCUCCAUGGCUCAUCGCCCGAGGUUACACGGCGCCUGAUCCCUCAAGUCCUUUCGAGUGAACCGCACCGUCUUCCCAAAUCGUCAGAUCACGCUCAACUCGAAGGGUUCUGAGAACCUGCUUCAGAAAGCCACAGUUUCCAACUCACACCAAAGACACGCAUUGCUGGGAGACGUUUACCGACAAUGGCCAAUAACUGGAAUACUUGACGCCAUUGGGCUCUCCUGAACAUGCUAGGCCAUGGCCUGCCAGAUGGCAAUAACCCGGCCCGCCGGAGGAAAUGGGCAAAAUGCUUGCUUACCUGAUGGGAUAGCAAUGGGCACAUACAUUCUACCUGUGUAACAUGGUGAUUGACUGCUGAUUGGCUGGGCUCUGGAGGUUUAUCACUGCUGAACACAGUGUCCUUGAGUCCUCUCGAGGAGGAUGUUCAAUGAUGGGGUUGGAUGAAUAGGGUUUACUGGAGCUUGAUCCUCUUUGUACAACAUCAUGUAAUAUUAUCCAGUAUCUCGAUGGCCUGCUUGCUUGAUAGAUCAUGAUAUGUGAUGCUUGAG